UAAUCGUGAUCCCUCGCCGGAUGCAAGAGAGGAGAACAUUCGAUGUCAGGAUGGACAGCAAUAUCUAUACCAUAGUGAGAGCUGGGACUUCGUGUUGGGAUUUAAUCGAAGUGAAUGCGCACCAUGCCAUUUCUAGGAACCUGGAUAGCCUAAUCUGUGAUUCAGAAUGCCUUGACGUAAUGAAGUCAGCGAAGCCAAGGAAAAAAUUUAAGAAUGAAGGUUUACACUUCUGUGUUUUCUUAAAAGAGCUAAAGAAUUCAAAAACUUUCAGAUUAUCUUUCAUUAACCAUGCCACGUCUCAGAAUAUGAGCGAAAAGAUUCUCCCAACGAGAAAUAAAAACGACAUACCGGUUAUAAUCUUAUGGACAAUAAAUGACGGUAUUCCACACAUUAUUGACAAAGGGUGGUGUGUUCGCAUGAAUGAGUGUGCCGUUGACCGUCAGAAUCUAGACACAGUAAUGUCUUGGCUGUCGACACUAGGAGGUGCCUGCUCAGCCCUAGGUGAUUAUGACACUCAGUUUGCAAAGAGGGCGGGUGAAAUCUCUGUUAAGCAAAUGGAAAUUGCCCUGCGUCUAGGUGACCCGUUUGUGAUGUCUCGAUGCCGUCUGUAUUUAGCUAUAUCUAUGAUCCAGCAGCGAAGAUUUAAGGGAGCCUCGGUAAUUGUGCGAUACGAGUACCACAACGCGCACACCUUACCGAAAGAGUUGAGAGAUCAUCGUCUCAUCAAAAUGUGUCACGGGAUAUGGACCAAAUUAAGGCACGAGAGACGAGUGCAUCGACUUAGUACAAAGAUUAAUUCCAGUCGGACUGUUUGACUUCGUUUGGUGCGACCGGGAGAGAUUGAUUUUGCUGGAAAAUGUUGAAAAGACUGGUUGUGUUGUUUUUAGGUACUUCGCUAGAGAAUCUGUGAUCCCAGUUUAUUCUUUCUUUCUUUUUUCGUUUCUUUUCUUUCUUUCUUUUUCUCUUUCUUUCUUUUUCUCUUUCUCUUUCUUUCUUUCUCUCUUUCUCUUUCUUUCUUUCUCUCUUUCUCUUUCUUUCUUUCUCUCUUUCUCUUUCUUACUUUCUCUCUUUCUCUUUCUUUCUUUCUUUCUUUCUUUCUUUCUUUCUUUCUUUCUUUCUCUCUCUCUCUCUCUCUCUCUCUCUCUCUCUCUCUCUCUCUCUCUCUCUCUCAUUCUUUCUCUCUUUCUUUCUUCCAGCUCCCUAUACUUUUCCUAUAUUACUAGAUUUAUUGUGUGCCAUUUUGUCAUAUAGUUUCCAAACGCUCCAGCUUUUGUAGUAAACGGACUAGACUCAGGUAGUAUCUUUGAAAUUAUUUUCCAGUUUGAAAAAAAGGGGCACUUAUGAAUAAUGUUUUUCUUUGCAUUGCUGUUUCAUAGGCAGACCUUUUUGAUGCAGAAAAGUUAUUUUAACCCAAAAUCUCCGGGAAAAUUUUGUGUUUACUGUAGUAUUGUUUUGUGAAGUGUCUCGAUGCACAAAGAUGGCUCAGCAAGUGCUUAGCCACAAAGGAGUCAAUUAGUAGACCUUGUGACCUGAUCUGAUUUCACCUUUCUUUUAGUUUGUGGGGAAAACACUUUUUUACUAAUGCUAUCAAUAUCAAUCCUGUUGUUUUUAUUAUCGGAAUUAUAAUUAUUAUAGUGUUGUUGACAGAAUCAAGAGCAACAUUAGACACCAGAAAAUAUUUUCAAAAAUCAUGGAAAAGGGUAAACAGGUGAGGCAGGUAGUACUUGUAACUGGCUCAUUGUGACUUGGAGCCAUCUUUGUGCAAAAACAAUUAAAUUAAUCCUACAGUGAUCAUGGCAUGUAUGUACAAGCCAAUCCCUGGUGGCUUUGGGUUAAGUUCAUUUCUUAUCUUGUGUAAUAUGUAAAUAUUCAUAAAAAUAAUAUAUAUAUAUCUCAUCCUAUUUUUCAAUAUUAUAAUGGUCUAGGAAUUCUUUAGUAAUCUGCUGUGAAGUUUAGGAUACAUUUUUAUUUUCUGAAGUUUGUCCUGAGAAUAAUGUGCUUUCAGUAGUGUCUUACAAAUUUUUCACAACUUUUUAAUGUCAUUUCUAAAGACAUUCUCAUAAGAAAAUAUCACACUAAGAGUCUGUAAAUACUUGAAUUGAGAAUAUUCUGAAGUAUUACAUGUCCUUAAUUUGCAUACUAAAUGGUUACACAUGUCCAUCUUUAUUUUUACAGUUUAAGGAAAGCUCAAUACUGCCUUUUGUUGUAAGAAAAUGUCAAUUAAAACUUUCUGGAAGUUA